AUGGGCAGUUCACAUUCCUUGUCAAUACCGCGCCACUGCGCAAAUAUUCGUACAAAAGAUGGAAAGACAUUUAAAUUCACGUAUCAUGCAUUGGUGGAUCAUAUUGUAUUGCUGCGUCAAGUGGCAGUACAUCCAGAAAUGACUCAACCAGGAGAAACAUUGAAUUAUUUCAUCGCAGAUUAUUGUCGACGCUUUGCUAACCGAAAGAUUACAAAUAGGCAUCAACAACGGCGGCUUCCAUGGCAAAUCGAAUGGAUUUGGCAUGUUCACCGUCUUCAUCCAGUUGAGUAUCAUAAAGAUUUUUCAACGCUAUGGCCGCAAGAUGAACUGUUCGAUAAAAAAUACACAAGGCUAAGAAUACGAAAAAAUAAUAGGAAUCAUGCGAUUCGUUUGUCCAAAUCAAAAUCAAAUCCAACAAAAUUUACUCCUUCACUUGAUUUAGAGAGUGCCGUACUUCGACAACGAGAUUUUCUUGAAAAAUUUAAACAACAUCCAAUCUAUUCAAGGAAUUUGAGCGAAUCCUUUCAAGAUUCUUUCGAAAAAAUGGUACAAAAUUAUAUUUCAUUUUUGAAACUAGCCAGAGAAGGAGAAAUGAUUGUGCCGACAUUUGAUGUCGAUUUAAUAUGGCAUACACAUAUGAGAUUUCCAUCAUCCUAUAGAAAAACAUGUAUAGCUUUAUGUGGUUUUGUUCUCAAUCAUAAUGACGCAAUUGAAGCUAAUAUACUGAAGGAUGCCUAUGAGAAAACAGCUGACCGAUGGAUGCAGACUUACAACGUUAGCUAUGGCAAAGACGUUUCCGUGGAUAGAUUACGCGAAACGCAAUAUAUAAGUUCGUGUGCAAUCAUUGUUGCAACUAUCUUAACAAACUCAUCCGGUGUGGUUGGGGGUGAUAGUUGUGGUGAUGUUGGUGGCUGUGGUGGAAUUGGUGGUGGCGGUGGUGGCGGUGGNUGA